GGGGCCGGAGUGGGGGCAACGCGGCCGCCGCCUGGAGCAGCUCCCAACGCCGGGCAACACCAUGGGCUUCUCCUCAGAAUUAUGUAGCCCCCAAGGGCAUGGGGCAUUACAAAAGUUGCAAGAGGCUGAGCUUCGACUCUUGGAGGGUAUGAGGAAGUGGAUGGCACAGAGAGUAAAGAGUGACCGGGAAUAUGCUGGGCUGCUACACCACAUGGCUUUACAGGAGGGGGGCAGCCAGGUCCGAAACCUGGACCAUGUCAGCCAGAUCAGCCAGUCCUGGGCAGAAAUAACUCGUCAGACUGAAAGCCUAAGCCGCCUUCUUCGACAGCAUGCAGAAGAUCUGAAUUCAGGACCCCUGAGCAAGCUGAGUAUUCUGAUCCGUGAGCGGCAGCAGCUUAGGAAAAGCUACAGUGAGCAAUGGCAGCAGCUCCAACAAGAUCUCACUAAGAUACACAACCUCGAUAUUGAAAAGCUGAAAAGUCAAUACCGGGUGCUGGCACGGGACAGUGCUCAGGCCAAGCGCAAAUACCAGGAAGCCAGCAAAGACAAGGACCGGGACAAGGCCAAGGAUAAGUAUGUUCGGACCCUCUGGAAACUCUACGCACAUCACAAUCGCUAUGUGCUGGGCAUCCGGGCUGCCCAGCUGCACCAUCAGCACCAUCACCAGCUGUUGCUGCCUGGCUUGCUCCAGUCCCUGCAGGACCUGCAUCAGGAGAUGGCUCUAAUCCUGAAAGAGAUCCUUCAGGAGUACAUCGAGAUCAGCAGCCUAGUCCAGGACGAAGUGGUGACCAUCCAUCGGGAGAUCGCAGCCGCCGCAGCCUGCAUCGACCCCCACACGGAGUACGAAGGCUUUCUCCAGCAACAUGGAUCCUCCCCAAACGCCCCUCCUUGUGUCACCUUUGAUGAUACCUUGUUGGAGGAAGGCGAACAGCUGGAGCCUGGGGAGCUGCAGCUGAAUGAGCUGACCAUCGAGAGUGUCCAGCACUCCCUGACUUCAGUGAAUGAGGAGCUGACCACGGCCAGAGAAAUGGUGAUAAGCAGGCAGCAGGUGGUCACCCAGUUGCAGAGGGAGAUUCAGAGGGAAGAAGAAAGCAUUCACCCAAGGGAGAGAGUACAGCUCCUUGGGAAGCGCCAGGUCCUACAGGAAGCUCUCCAGGACUUCCAGAUGGCCCUGUGCUGCCAAGCCAAACUGCAAGCCCAACAGGACCUGCUCCAGAGCAAACUGGACCAACUGGGUCCUGGGGAACCACCCCCUGUCCUCGUUCUGCAGGAUGACCAGCACUCUACCUCCUCCACAGAGCAGGACCGUGAUGGGGGAAGGACACCCACCUUAGAAAUUCUGAAGAACCAUAUCUCAGGAAUCUUCCGUCCUCGAUUCUCACUCCCCCCACCACUACAGCUUAUCCCAGAUAUACAGAAGCCUCUCCAGGACCAGGUGUGGUAUCAUGGUGCCAUCCCACGAACAGAGGUGCAGGAGCUGCUAGUGAAUUCUGGGGAUUUUCUCGUGCGAGAAAGCCAGGGGAAGCAGGAAUACGUGCUGUCCGUGCUGUGGGAUGGGCAGCCUCGACAUUUCAUCAUCCAGUCUUCAGACAACCUAUACCGGCUGGAAGGGGAUGGGUUCCCCAGCAUCCCCCUGCUCAUUGAUCACUUGCUCCGCUCCCAGCAGCCCCUCACUAAAAAAAGUGGUAUCACCCUGAACAAGGCCAUCCCCAAGGACAAGUGGGUCCUGAACCAUGAAGAUCUGGUGCUAGGUGAGAGAAUUGGACGGGUAAGUGCCAGCACUGUGCCCAUUUGCAUCCUCUGA